GGCGUUGCAGCUGUCAGAUUCAGCAGCAGAGCUUCUCUCCUCAAACAUCACAACAACACCAGAGGACAGACAGGAGGACAGAGGACAGAGGACAGAGGACAGAAUGUGGGACAUAUGUGAAGCAGAGAUGGUCUUCUAGCCUCCAGAGUGCUCCAUCACCUGACCCCUCUGUGACCCCCAUCCAUCCCGUCAUCACCAUGGAGACCGCCAACAGCUACGUGCUGAUCCACGGGAAGAACAUAUCCCACAGUACCGUGGCAGGCGCUGCUGUGGGGCCCCACAUGUCCAUCGACAAGCUUUUCCCGGCUCUCCUUGAGUGCUUUGGCAUCAUAUUGUGCGGCUACAUAGCUGGCAGGGCAGAUAUCAUCACAGAGGGCCAGGCGAAGGGUUUGGGGAACUUUGUGUCCAAGUUUGCUCUUCCAGCUCUGCUCUUUAAAAACAUGGUGCUGUUGGACUUUGGAGACGUCAUCUGGGCGUUUCUCUGGAGUGUCCUGAUCGCUAAGGUGACCGUGUUUGUGCUGGUAUGUGUGCUGACUCUGAUGGUGGCCAGUCCAGACUGCAGAUACAGCAAAGCUGGCUUGUACGCCAUCUUCGCCACACAGAGCAAUGACUUUGCCUUAGGAUACCCAAUAGUUGAUGCUUUGUAUCGGAGCACAUAUCCAGAGUACCUCCAGUACAUCUAUCUAGUUGCCCCGGUCUCCCUCAUGCUCCUCAAUCCCAUCGGCUUCGCUCUUUGUGAGGUGCAGAGGUGGAAGCAGGCCAGCCAUUCACACAGCACUCUGACCAUCCUGGGAGUUGUAGUCCUACAGGUGUUGAAGAACCCGAUAGUAUUCAUGGUGAUCGUAGGAAUCAUCUCCCACUUCGCCCUGGGCCAGCAGAUCCCUGCUGUGCUGUCAGAGUUCAUAGACGGCUUGGCUAACUCGUUUGGAGGGGCGGCCUUAUUUUACCUCGGCCUCACUAUGGUCGGCCAGCUUAGAAAACUAACCAGAGACACUGGAGUUGCCUUGAUUCUCCUCAUCACUGCCAAACUCCUGGUGAUGCCGCUGGUCUGUAAAGACAUGGUGGAUAUUCUGGAUGUGGGAGUGAACAGCACGAGUGCCAACCACACUAGUUUGUCUAACUUUGCAUUCCUAUAUGGAGUCUUCCCAACUGCGCCCAGCGUGGCCAUCUACGCUGCACACUACAACAUCGAGCUGGAGGUGGUAACAUCAGGGAUGGUAAUCAGUACGUUUCUGUCUGCACCCAUCAUGUACGUGUCGGCCUGGUUGUUAACAAUCCCUCUAAUGGACCCGACCCCCCUGGUGACAGAGCUGGAAAACGUCAGCUUCAACAUCAGCAUCGUCAGCCUCGUAGCACUGGUGUGGACCAUAGUGGUGAUGCUGCUGAGCAGGAAAUUUAACAGACUUCCUCACCUCUUUGCCUUAAAUCUUUUCCUGGCUCAGUUUUUGGUGUGUGUCAGUAUGAUCCUGUGGAACUUCUUGGUGAAACAAGACGAUAAUCUGCUCGGCAAGAUUCUCACCUUCACUCUGCUGUACGGGUCUCUGUACAGUACCUACAUUUGGACUGGUUUAAUCCCUCUCUGUCUGGCUCUGACGAACAGAGAUGACCUGCUGAGACUCCGACCGGGAGUAUUCAUGAUUCUGGGUUGGGGGGUUCCCUUCCUGAUGGUCGGAGGUCUUCUGAUAUCAGGAGAGAGGACUGAUACCAUAGACUCGGCCUUCUUCUAUGGCAGAGCUCAGAUAAUCAGCACAGCCGUGGUGCUCGCGGUCAGCCUGGUGCUCGGUGCCAUAUCUCUGAUGGGUCUCAGUCAGGGAGCCAGGGAGCAGAGCGGCUACACGGCCCUGAACAGAGCUGCUGUAACGGGCAUCAGUGAUGAGCUGAGGACCCCUGGUGGCCUGGAGGAUCCACAACAACAACAACAACAACAACAACAACAACAGCAGCCAGAGGCGGCCAAUUCACCAGCCUGCAGCAUCAACUCAGACCUCCACGGUUUCUCUCCUCUCCAGCCCAUACCUGACAUGAUAGCCAGCACGCAGAGGGAGCUCACAAAGAGCACAGGCCACAGUGGGGCGCUCUGUGACGGGCAGCAGCAGCAGGAGCAGGAGCAGCAGACGCUGGGUUCUUCCUCCUCUGAGCAGCCGCUGAACCUGCCGCCACCUGCUGGACUUCAACCCACUGAUGAUAAACAGACACUCAGACACGUUCUGCUCUGUCUGCUGCUCUUCGUCAGCCUGCUAGCGAACCUGUCCAGCUGUCUGUGGUGGCUGUUCAACAAAGAUCCAGGAAGACUUUACCUCGAACUCCAGUUCUUCUGUGCCGUGGCAAACUAUGGACAGGGUUUCCUGUCCUUUGGGAUCUUUGGUCUGGACAGACACCUCAUCAUCCUGCCCUUCAAGAAGAGGUUGCUCGGGCUGUGGCAGGGCAGAGACGCUGAGGAUCUGAGUCCCUCAGGUGUACCAGAGGAGGUCAGACUCACCUGUACCCAGUUUGUCCGCUACCACAAAGACCAGUGUGUACAAGACAUAGUGCACACGCGCAGGUUCGGAGGAGAAGGAGGACUAGAGGAGGAGAACGGGGCCUUGAGACAUUCCCCCUUCCAUCAGCCCCGGUACUACCUACACCCACAUCAGGAUCUUCAGGAGCAACUAAACCACGAGCCGCAAAUUCUGCAAUCAGAUCCAGCUGAAUCCUGCGGCCCAUCUUUGCUUCCAUCACAUAUUUCCAGUUCUGAUAUCCCAGAGGAGCAGAUUCCUCACGACCCAGCUGAUCCUCACCACCUACACCAGCGUGGUCUUGCUUCGAGUCCACCCCUCCAUCUCCAUGAACACCCCCAGUCCCGCUGUGAAAGUGUGUUUCAGGGCAGCGACUUGGUGGACUGGCUGGUUGAGCGAGGCCUGUGCCCCGGGCGAGCCGAGGCCCGACUGUAUGCCGUUCGACUUCAGCGGGGAGGAGUGUUGGAUCACCUAAUGGGUCAGCACAGCUUUAGGGAUGAACCCACCCUGCUGUACCGCUUCACACAGAGAGGGAGAGAGAGGGGGAGAGGGGAGGGAUGGUCCCACAUCAUGUAGACAGGAAGUGAGGAGAUAGGAGGCGGAGGAAGCUGUGUUUGCUUUGAUGGACAGGCUCUUCAUGGUGGUUGCCACUUGCUUGUUCCCUGUCACCAAAAUUUGAAAUGAUCUGUCUCCAGCUACUGAGAGGCUUCAUCUGCACUUCCUGGAAAAAAUUACAGGUGACAUGAGAGCCAUAAUGCACAUGGAAGAGAUGGUUGGGAUUGUGGAGACCGUUAAGAAAGAAUAAGAGGAGGUAGAAGAGGAAAGAAGCGCUCCCUGCUGGUACUUCUCCUGGCUCCAGACCAAGUCUUCUUAACUCAUUUAAAAAAACAAAAAAAAACUUUUGGUUAAUUUUUCCACUUUUCUCAACUAGGUCUGACCCGAAUGCUUCGAAGCUUUGAUCGUUGCCAUGGUAACCAACCUCCAAAU